GGGGGGAGGAGAGAGGGGAGACAGACUCUGAACAAGCAAACCCUAGAAAGGGAGAGGGUUUCAAUUUCUGCUGGGCUGGGAGGGUCCGGAGCUCCCAGUUGGGGCUCACUGGGCCUUUAGGGAGGGGCAAACUCAUCCCCCCCCCUCUGUUACCCCAAGAGGAGACCCGUGAGGACACGGAAACGGUCAAGUGACUUGUCCCGAGUCUCACAGCACAGCAGCCCCCCAGACUGAAUCUGGACCCUGGUUCCUGGGACGUCAGAGUCCAGGCUCUUUCCCGUUGCAGAGGCCCUUGGGCAGACCAGACAAACAACAAAGGCAAGGGUGUUUAUCGACGCUGCCCCUGCCGUCGGGCCUUUUCACUUGCUAUUCCCUCUGCCGGGUUCUCUGUCCCAGCCUGGUGUCUCCCGUCCUUCCCUUCUGCAGUGCUGUGGCCUGUGCACCAGGCCCGUGGGACCCUGCAGUUCUGAGCACCUCCCAUCCCUCCUUACCCCGCCAGCCUGCUCUGACUUCUUCCAGGUACACACCACUACCUGGAAGCUCCUUUCCUGUCCUGUGUGUCUUUUGUCCUCCUGUCCUCAGGGGCCCACCUUGCUCUGCUACCCUUCCCGGCUCGGAGAGCAGCACCCGAGCAUGGUCUCUGGUGUGUCCGUCCUUCCUUCCUUCCUUCCUUCCUUCCUUCCUUCCUUCCUUCCUUCCACCUUCCACCUCCUUGGUCCCUCUGUCUUGGCACAGAGGAGGCCCCUGCAGCCCAGAGGGCAGUGCAAUGCACUCAAGGUCACUGCUGGACAGGGCGCCAGGCCAGGAGCCAGGCAGUGUCCCCAUGGCGAGUCCCGGCAUGGGUGUGCAGUGCCAUUUGUGCGGCAGGUGUAGAGGCCUCCCAGCUAGAGUGGUUUGCUAGGGGAGCUGCUCCGCCUCUGUGGACUGCUGUGAGGCGGGGAAAGCUCGUGUUGCCGCUUCGUGGCUGCCGGGCUUCGGCGGCUCCAUAAAUAUUAAAUGGGCAUUAAAAGGAGGCUCUGCGUUCCCAGUUUCCCCGUUUCUCCAAGCAGGGCCCAUUGUGAACCCCUUUUAUGUGAAACACAGCACUGCGCUGUGGAAGCAACCCCUCCAGGUGCCACCUGCCUCUUCCGGCAGAGACCCUGGUGUGGGGUGUGGGGUGCACUGUUCCUGCUUCCCCCAGGGCAGGGCUGGCGAGCCCUUGUGCCUCCCCGUUCAUCAUCAGUUCCAUCCAUCCAUCCAUCCAUCCUUCCUCUAUCUCUCCCUCCCUUCCUCCAUCCAUACAUUCACUAAUUCACUACUUGAGUGUGGGGAAGGCUGAUGUCACAAUAGUAGCUGACAUUUAUUGAGCACUUACUAUGUGCCGGGCCUGGUGCAGGCAGUUCUCACAAGUUGCUUCUCAGUGAGUCAGGGACUAUCAUUUGCUGCAUUUUGUAGCUGAGGAAGCAGUGCCACUGGGGUUAGGAGGCUUGUUCAGGGUCACAAAGCUGGUGACUUACAGGGAUGAGUAAGAGUGACCCAGGCCCGGCCCUCGGGGACAUCCUGACUCGUGGCCUGGGGUUAGGGCGGGAGAGGAGGGUGGGGCCGCCGGAUGGGAGGAGCCGAAGGUGGGUGGGGCCUGGGGUGGAGCCUCAGAUGUGCACAGGUGAGGAGGCGUUGAGCUCCCCGCUCCUCAGUGGCUUCUUGCUGCCUGGUGCCAGUCACAGACAGGACAGGCACAGGUCGGCUCUCCACCCCUCGUCAGGGAGGGCAGAGCCCCCUAGAAACUGUGGUAACGACAGGAGCAGGAGUGUCUGGGGGAAAGCAUAUGGAUAUUUAUUCUGGUCUUCCCGAGUGGCGAGGAGGGGUCUGUGUUGUGAAUCAGGAUGCAUUUUGGGGGGACGGGUGGGAAGAGAGGAAGACAUCGCUGUUUUAUUUGGCUUUGUAUGGGGAUGAUCAAGAUUAAAAAAAAAUUAAUAACCAGUUUCUCCUUGCACAUAAUUAAAAUGUUCUCCAUUCUCUAAUUUUUGUCAUUUCCUAAUCUAAUUUGUUUUCUGAGUGUGUCGAUUCUUCUUCCAAGAGCAGAGCGAGGGGGAUUUUUCUUCCUGUAACGUGAUUGGGAUACAACUGUCCAGGAAUAGUUUAAAUUACAUUAUUUUCUCCUUGGUUAAAUACAGUGCAAAUGGAAUCAAUUGUCAGAGGGUCUUAAUGACCAAACACUGAACGCAAUAACAACAACAACAACAACAAAAUCUUCAAGAUAUUUUCUACUUACACAGUUAAAAAAAUAAUUAUGAAAAUAAACAAGGGAAAUCGAUGGCGUCAGUAAGAAGGUGCCGGCUGCAGCGUUCAGUCUCACGGGCCCCAUGUUUCCCAGAUUCUUCAUAGCGGGGUUGGAAUCUGCCAAAAAGGAAUUUUAGCCCAGGAAAUACAAAUGCAAACUGCAUUUUUCAGUGGAAGAAAAAUUUUAAAAAUGAUAGCACCCUCAAGCUGAGAUUUAAGUGCGUGGAUUCAGAUGGACAAGGAACAUAAGGGAAUUUCUAAGAUCCUGAUCGGAGAGGGUGACUGGGCAUUAGGAAGGACUUUUUAUGGGUAGAUCCCUCCUCCCCAGGCCACCACUGACCCCUGAGCUGAGGACAGGUACAGUGCUGGCUCUGGGAAAACCCCUUCUCCGGGUGCCACUGAAAGAUCUUUAGGGAGAAUUGAUGUUGAGGGAGGAAUUUCACCUGGGCCAUUCCCCACCUGCUCGGGCUUGCCAGGUGUGGGUGUGGGCCUGUGGGGAGUGCCUGGCGCUGGGGUGGGGCUGCAGGGGGCUCCUUCCUGUCUCGCAGUUCUGAAAAGUCCAAUUUAACUUCCCUGUUUACAAAAUAUCAGCCAUUGUCUUGUUCCAGCUCACGGUCACCCGGUAGAUUCGCAGGAUUUUGUUGGAGGAAAAUAAAAAUGUCUCAAGUAUUUAAACAUGUUGGACCAUGCAAGCAUCCGUCCCCAGUGUUGCGGGCUGUAUUUUUUUUUUUUUUCCUUGUUCCCUCCCUUCCUUCUUUUUUCUUUUUACCAAAGUAUAUUCAUCAAACUGCUGAGUUGGAAAGAUUUGUAAUGAGUUUUUGAGCUGUACGACUGUGUUUUUUCUCUCCCCCCCUCCCUCUUUCUAAAUCUUCAUCUGACAUUAAAUAAAGCAAAUCCCAAACAGAUUAACUGUCGCACGGUUCUGCUUCAUCUCCUCAGUCUGUUUGCAGGUCUGGCGGGGGGCCGGGCGGCGGUGGCGGUGGUGGCAGGAGAUGCCCAGGCGGCCCGCCGAGGUCCAUGUGGCGCUCUAGGUGGGAUGCCGGUGUCCUGAAGGCCGAGGCCCUGGCCCUGCUCCCCUGUGGCCUGGGCAUGGCCUUCUCGCAGUCCCACGUGAUGGCCGCCCGGCGGCACCAGCACAGCAGGCUGCUGAUCGAGGUGGACGAGUACAGCUCCAACCCCACGCAGGCCUUCACCUUCUACAACAUCAACCAGGGCCGCUUCCAGCCCCCGCACGUGCAGAUGGUGGACCCGGUGCCGCAUGAUGCCCCCAAGCCACCUGGCUACACGCGCUUUGUCUGUGUCUCUGACACCCACUCGAGGACGGACCCCAUCCAGAUGCCCUAUGGAGACGUGCUGAUCCACGCGGGGGACUUCACGGAGCUGGGGCUCCCGAGUGAGGUGAAGAAAUUCAACGAGUGGCUGGGCAGCCUGCCCUAUGAGUACAAGAUUGUGAUCGCCGGCAACCACGAGCUGACCUUUGACCAGGAGUUCAUGGCCGACCUCAUCAAGCAGGACUUCUACUACUUCCCAUCUGUGUCGAAGCUGAAGCCUGAGAACUAUGAGAAUGUGCAGUCCUUGCUGACCAACUGCAUCUACCUGCAGGACUCAGAGGUCACAGUGCGGGGCUUCCGGAUCUAUGGCUCCCCAUGGCAGCCCUGGUUUUAUGGAUGGGGCUUCAACCUGCCGAGAGGCCAGGCCCUGCUGGAGAAAUGGAACCUCAUUCCCGAGGGUGUGGAUGUCCUGAUCACUCACGGGCCACCACUGGGCUUCCUGGAUUGGGUCCCCAAGAAGAUGCAGCGGGUGGGCUGUGUGGAGCUGCUCAACACAGUGCAGAGGCGCGUCCAGCCGAGGCUGCACGUCUUCGGCCACAUCCACGAAGGCUAUGGUGUCAUGGCGGAUGGGACGACCACUUACGUGAAUGCAUCUGCGUGCACUGUGAACUACCAGCCCGUGAACCCGCCCAUAGUCAUCGACUUGCCCACACCCCGGAACUCCUGACUCUCCCCUGCUGCCCCAGCCCUGCCCACCUGCAUCAGCUGCAUUGCCUGGCCGAGCGCACGGAUCCCCUGCCACACUCUCUUCCAUGCAGAACAACCUAGACACCCUAUCUGGCCCCGGAGACCAGCCCCAAGAUGGGUCAAGGCCUUGGAAUGAAGGAAAUCAAUCCCCUUUGACCUUUAGCCUCUGUUACCAGCCAUCAGGACCCUUCCUGGCCCCAGUAGGGCGUGCGCUCAUUACUGUUUUUGCUUGUACAUCCACGAGGACCUCUCUCAAGGGCUCAUGGCCCAUCUUGCUUGGAAAUUGCCUGAAUGCUCACCCUGCUCAGCUGGAUACUCUCCUGCUUUGGAAGCUGCUGCUCUUGGACAGGCUCUGGAGAUGGUUGCACAAAAUGUCUUUCUGUCCCAGGGUAUGUGGCUGUGAGUCCCAGAAUCAGAGAUGGUGAAAGUUUGUAGCCUGGGCUGGGGAGCCCUUUCUCUCCUGCUAGGCACCGGUAGCCGAGCCCUCAAAGGGAGUGUCGGGGACAUCUCAGGAAUUUGGGCCGCACCUGGUUGGCCCCACAGAGGUUGGCCUUGCUGUUCCCCUCUUUCUUCCUGUGGGCAUAUUUGCUGAUGUGACAGUGGCCUGAGCAUCCCAGGCAUUUAUUUGCUCUGACCCUGGAUUUGGGUGAUUGGUCCCACAGAAUGAGCCAUCUUUGUGCCCAGAGCCUGCUGGAGGGUUCCACAUCAUGGUGGGACAGAGCUUGGUCCCAUGGGGACCACCCUGCUCUGCAGAACACAGCAGCCAGGAGGGUCUGUGGGCCAAGGCUGUGGUGCCACCUGUCACAUGUCUGCACCCAUGUGCACACACCCUCUAAGUAUAACGAGGUGCACCCGUGCCUCCCGUUACUGUUCUGCAGCAGAGCUCUCCUCCUUGGUAUGACCUUCUCAAAGCACCGGUGACAGGCGGGCCCUGGGCUCCUACAGCUGCACCCUGGACAGCUUCCUUUUCAGGGGCUGGGCUCUAGGCAGAAGGGACCAGCGGGGUCAGGCAAGUGGGAGGCAGGAGGCAGGGGCAGGCUGGGACAAGGGCAGAGUCUGUCUUUAUUUAAAAUGUUGAUAUUUUGUUUGUCAUUUUUACAUUCAUUUUGAUUUCAACAUUGUAUUAAAAUAGUCUUCUAUCUGCACCAAUUACUGACGUUUUUUGCACCCCCUUUACCUGGCUAGGGAGGAGGGCUUCACUCUCUUCCCUGGGAAGCAGGCUUCCAUGUGCCCUUUUUUUUUCUUUUUCUUUUUUUUUGAUACCGGGGAUCGAACUCAGGACCUUCCUUGCGUUUGCGAGGCAGGCGCCGGAACCACUGAGCUAAAUCCCGGCCCCUCCAUGUGCCCUUUAUCAUCUCCUUUUGUCCUCUGACAGUCCUGCGAGGUUGGUACUGUUGUCCUCAUUUUAGAGAUGAGGCAGCGGAGGCCAGAGAAGCAUAGUAAUAUGUCCAAAGGCACACAGCACAAAAGGGACAGAGGCAGGAUUUGAACCUUGGUCUCUGGCUUCAGAAGAGCCCUUGUUUUGCCACUGUCCAGCGUUCUCUUCCUUGCAGAGCAGUACCUGGUCCAGGGCCCUUUUUGUGUUGCUUUUGGAGGGUCUUGUUCAAAAGCAGUUGUGGUUUCUUGGACUUAAAGGAAUCCUGAACUCUGCCCAGCAUCUUUGCAUCCUGGAGACUGGGAUUUCCUCCCAACUUGAGAGAGCCGGGUCACGAAUUCCCGGGAGCCUGGCAGAAGUGUCACUCACGUUGGCUGGGGAUCCCGCUGGGCACAUUCACAAGGUCUCUAAGGCGAUAUAGACGCACUCCGAGGAGUAUGGGGGUAGAGAAAACACAAGACUGUGUUCGUGUUGCCUCUGCUCAAUUUCUAUGCGAACCAAGAACUAUGACUUUAAAGAAUAAAAUGUUUUUCCUAAGGUAUCUUCAGAAUAUGGUGUAUUUUUAUGUGGAAAAGAAAAGUUAUGAAGGCAGCUGUUACUUUAAGAGAAAAUUCAUUAAAAGUCCUUGAGGUAUGAAAGAUGAUGGUGUGCUCCUCAAUCAUUUUGGCAUAACUUGAUUGUGGCUGUAAUUUUUUUUUUGUCAAGCAUGUCAGACAAUAAAGUCUUUGUAAAAAGA